GAGGGCGGCAAAGCUGAUGUCAGGAACGAUGGCCGCUAUAAGAGGGAGAGCGAAGAUACCGACCCGAAGUGUCCGUCUUCCCGUCAACACAGCGAAUCUCGACGCCAGCCUGAGCAGUCAGCGCAGCGGACCAUGCAAAGCAAGAGGAACAUAAUGCAGCCGCUGUUGCUGCUGCUGGCGGUGGCGAUGACGGCUUCCCUCCCGACAGGAGUCGAGCACAACGACGUUUCGCGGCAGUGGUUCUGGAGGGGGAGUCUGGACAAGGUGGCCACGAAGCUGCGAAAAUUUGCCGAGGAGGUGUCCUACCUUUCUUCGGGCAACCACAAGCCGAGCUGCGGCAUUUGCAGCUGGGCCGCGGGUAGUGUGCUGACCGACAUCCGGCGGGGCCUGGCCGAGAAGGUGAUCGCCGACAACCUGAAGAGCGAGUGCAAGACGUUCGGGCUCGCUGGCUCGGACCGCGUCUGCGACGGGCUCGUCGACAACUUCAAGGACGAGUUCUUCUACGUCAGCAAGCAGACCACGCUGAGCGCCAAGGAAGUGUGCAGCUUGGCGCUGGGCGAACAGUGCGGGGACAAGACACCGUUCAACUGGACCGUCGUGCUGCCCAAUACCAGGAAGCCCGAUCCUGUGCCUCCGAGACCGAAGCCGGGCGCCCCGAGGUUGCGCUUCCUGCACCUCACUGACACGCACGUGGACCUGCGCUACUCGGAAGGCAGCCGUGCCGAUUGCCCCGAGCCUCUCUGUUGCCGCGAGGAGAACGGCAAGGCGCACUGGCUCGCGAACGUCCCCGCUGGACACUGGGGCGCCUUGCGCAAGUGCGACCUGCCGGCCAAGACGUUUGAAAACAUGCUGCAGACGGUGCGCGACUACCACAAGGCGAGUUCUCGUCGGAGUCUGCAUCCGAUGUCCCGUUCUCUUGUGGAUUACGCCAUAUGGACAGGCGACAUGGUCCCCCACGACGUGUGGAACACGUCUCGGGAAGGUAACCUCGCUGUGACAAAGUACACGGCGGACGCGAUCGCAAAGUUCCUGCCUGGCGUGCCAGUGUUCCCUGCAGUCGGAAACCACGAGGGACACCCUGCCAACUGCUUUCCGCCCCCUGAAGAGAAAGGAAAGAUGUCAGCCUCCUGGAUUUACGAUGCCCUAGCUGACCAGUGGGCUCGCUGGCUGCCUCCAUCUGCCACCGACACCAUACGAAGGGCAGGCUACUACUCAGCAAGACCAUACCCUGGACUGAAGAUAGUUUCUGUGAAUACAAACUACUGCAGCACUUUGAACUGGUGGCUUUUGUUAAACGCCACAGACGCGGCACAACAGCUGGAGUGGCUCGUGGAUGAGUUGCACGAAUCGGAAACGAAGGGCGAGAAGGUUCACAUCAUCGCGCAUAUUCCGCCGGGUGUGUCCGACUGCCUGCAUGCGUGGAGCGAGAACUACCACCGCAUCCUAGAAAGGUAUGAAUCCACAGUGCGGGGUCAGUUUUUCGGACACACGCAUGCUGACGAACUUGAGGUGGCCUAUGACUCGAAGGACGCCAAGCGGGCACUCGGCGUGGCUUACCUCGGGCCAAGCCUCACGACGUACGGCUCGGGUCAUCCUGCCUUCCGGGUAUUCACUGUGGACGGCGGCUAUCGCGGAGCCUCCUGGUCACUCCUGGACCACCACACGUACCUGCUGAACUUGACCGUGGCCAACGCACAACCCGACAUGCCACCUCAGUGGGAGCUCGAGUACAGCGCGCGUGCCGCUUACAACUUGACGAGUCUCGAACCGCAGCAGUGGGACGCGGCGCUCGGAAAGAUGGAGCACGACGACGAACUUUUCAACAAGUUCUACAGAUUCUACUGGAAAGGGGAGCCGAAGAAGAAGCACUGCAACGGUUCGUGCCGGAGGAGGCUUUUAUGCGAGCAAAGGACUGCGACUUCCACAGACCUGAAGCGGUGCUAGGCAAUUCCGCGAUAAACGCCACAGGUGGUCAGUGGCGAAGACUCUCUUGCGUCUAGCGAAACACCUUCAACUGACAUUAAAACGAAGGCAUGCGGGAACCAGGAUAACCAUUCGAUGCUGAACUUACACUGGAACGUCACAAAACUGGGUCACUUGCCAUUUUAUGACAUCGCUCUCGAUCAUCAAGUCAUUAAACAUCUUGCGCUAUGGA